UUCAUUUCAUAAAAGAAUAUUUAUAGAAGAAAAGAAAGCAAGAGAAGAGCAAAGCCAUGGAAAUCUCCUUCUCUUCUUCAUCUCUUUCUUUCUUCUUCUUCAUCUCUUUCUUCCUCUCUCUCUUCCAUAUCCUUCAUUCCCAGCAAACCUACGUUAACAACCAACAACUCGACUGCUACAACAACGCCUCUCAAACUCUUGGCUAUGUCUGCAACAACUCUAGCCCUUCUUGCAAUUCCUAUCUCAUCUUCAGAUCCCAACCUCCCUACUACGACUCCGCCGUCCUUAUCGCCUAUCUUUUCGGUGCUGAUUCCAAAACGAUUGCUGAAACCAAUAAAAUCUCCGACGUCGAGAAGAUUCCCAAGGAUACUCCCGUCAUCGUUCCUGUAAAUUGCUCUUGUUCAGGUAAUUUCUAUCAACACAAUGCAACGUACACCUUGAAAACCCAUGGCGAAACCUAUUUCCUCGUUGCCAACGACACCUACCAAGGUAUGACUACUUGCCAGGCUAUCAUGAAUCAGAAUCCCUAUGAAAGUAGGAAGUUGAGUGUUGGCUUGGAUAUUCUGGUCCCGUUGAGAUGUGCUUGUCCCAGCAGAAGCCAGAUUAACGAUGGCGUCAGGUACUUGCUGACUUAUCUGAUUACAUGGCAUGAUGAUAUUCCUAAGAUCUCCCAGAGAUUUCAGGUCGAUGAACGGAGUGUUUUGGAUGCAAACGAGUUGUCAGAGUCCGCUACUAUUUUCCCAUUUACGCCCCUUCUGAUUCCGCUGAAAACAGAACCCACUACGCUUCUCACUGUAAUUCCUCCACCGCCCCCAGUUGGGUCUCCACAACCGAGCAAUACUCCUGUUGUUGAAACAGGAUCUAAAAAGAAAUGGGUUUUCGUCGGAAUUGGAGUUGGAGUUGGUUUUUGCAUUUUAGCACUUUGUGGGGUUUUGAUUUGGUUCUUGCUUCAUCGGCGUAAGCAGGAAGGUAAGCCCAUUCGAGAGGAUAACAGGUUUGAGGAAUCUGCUGUUGGAUUUGGAGAGUUAUCAGGAAUGAGAUCCGGGUCUGUUUUCUCACAAGGGAUUCGUGAAGUCAUUGAGUCUCUGACUGUGUAUAAAUUUGAAGAGCUGCAAAGGGCAACUGAUUUUUUCAGUGAAGAUUGUAUAAUCAAAGGGUCUGUUUAUCGUGGGGUUAUUAAUGGUGACAAUGCCGCUAUAAAGAGGAUGAAAGGAAAUGUUUCGAACGAGAUCAACAUACUCAAGCAGAUCAGACAUUCCAAUGUGAUAAGGCUAUCUGGUUUCUGUUUGCACGAGGGAAAUACCUAUCUAGUCUAUGAGUUUGCGGAGAAGGGAUCCCUUAGUGAUUGGCUUCAUGAGAAGAAGUACCAGAGUUCUUCUACUCUCACUUGGAAGCAGAGAGUGCAGAUUGCUCAUGACAUUGCAGAUGGGCUGAAUUAUCUUCACAAUUACGCGAAUCCACAGUACAUCCACAAGGAUUUGAAGAGCAGUAACAUUCUCUUGGACGGUAACUUUAGGGCAAAGGUUGCGAAUUUCGGCCUGGCGAGAUUGGUGGAGAAUCAGGAAGGUCUGCAGAUGACGAGGCAUGUCGUCGGUACUCAAGGCUACAUGGCACCAGAGUAUCUUGAACACGGGUUGGUCACACCAAAAGUUGACGUAUUCGCAUUUGGGGUGGUGAUGUUGGAACUUCUAUCUGGGAGGGAAGCUACCACUGCCACGGUUGAUGAAGAGAAAGGAGGAGACUUACUGUUGUCGAUGUCGAUAAGGCCAGUCCUGGAAGGAGAAAAUGUGAGAGGGAAGCUGAGGACCUUCAUCGAUCCUUGUCUGCAACGUGAGUACCCCUUCGAUUUGGCCUUCACCAUGGCUAAAUUGGCUAUGAACUGUGUUGCUCAUGAUCUGAGUUCCCGUCCCACCAUUGCCGAGGUCUUCAUGUCAUUGUCCAAGAUUCUUUCAUCUUCAUUGGACUGGGAUCCAUCGUCGGAUAUUGCAAACUCUGGUUCGAUCGUUCUUGGCCGUUAGUUGCCUUAUUGCUUUUAUUUUCUUGUUUAUAUUAAGGAAAUUAGAAAGCACCAGGUACACUGUAGGGGUUAUGUACAAUGUUAUGUUUUUUUAUCAGCAAACAAGCAAAUGCUCUCUACAACCCCACUGUACUAUGUCAUCUCCAGUCUCUUUUCAUUUUAUUUGUUUCUCUUUUAUUUUGGAGAGUGAUUUAUUGUCUCUGGGUAGUUCAGAAACAUUUAAAGAUAGUUGUAGUGAGCUUUCAAAUUAAGAAAUAUUAGGAGAUUUGCCCCAUUUCAAAGA